UUCCCGUUUUAUUGUCAGAGGCCUAUCGUUAAUCGAUAUUUGUUGGUUCUAAUUUAUGAAUCAAUUUGUUAACCCUUCUCCGCCCGGAAAUUUGCGACAUCAGAAGGUUUCAGCGGCACGGCAUCAGAUCAGCAGUUUCCCCCUGCAGUUAGUCACCGGGAUCAGAUAAGGAUAAGCGAGUAGCCAGUUAGCAGAAACCCGUAAACAGAAUGUGGAAGGCAAGCGCCGGUCACCAGAUUCAGGCCACCAGUGCCGCCUCAGCGGAGGAUGAUGACUGGGAGACAGAUCCCGACUUUGUCAACGAUGUCAGCGAGCAGGAGCAGCGGUGGGGGUCAAAAACCAUCGACGGCAGCGGUCGCACCGCCGGCACCAUCGACAUGGACAAGCUGCGCGAGGAGACGGAGCAGGCCGAUUUUGACAAAAAGAAGCAGCUGCUGAAGGAUCAGAAUGCCGGAUACGGCUACGGUGGAAAGUUUGGUGUGGAGAAGGACCGCAUGGACAAGUCGGCUGUGGGUCAUGACUACCAGGGCAAGGUGGUCAAACACGCCUCGCAGAAGGACUACAGCGAUGGAUUUGGGGGCAAGUUUGGCGUGCAGGAGGACCGCAAGGACAAGUCAGCCGUGGGCUGGGACCACAUCGAGAAGGUGGAAAAGCACGCAUCCCAGAAGGACUACGCCACAGGCUUUGGAGGCAAGUUCGGAGUGCAGUCGGAUCGCGUGGAUAAAUCGGCCGUUGGCUGGGAUCACAUUGAGAAGGUGGAAAAGCACGAGUCCCAGAAGGAUUACUCCAAGGGCUUUGGCGGCAAGUUUGGAGUACAGGAGGAUCGCAAGGACAAGUCCGCCGUUGGCUGGGACCACAUUGAGGCCCCCCAGAAGCAUGCCAGCCAGGUGGACCACAAGGUCAAGCCCGUAAUCGAAGGCGCCAAGCCUUCCAAUCUGCGCGCUAAGUUUGAGAACCUGGCCAAGAACUCGGAGGAGGAGUCGCGUAAGCGGGCAGAGGAGCAGAAGCGCCUGCGUGAGGCCAAGGAUAAGCGGGAUCGCGAGGAAGCCGCCAAGAAGACUGUGGCUGAGAAUACUCCCCGUACCUCCUCGGACACGCCCCCGCCCAAGGGCAGCAGGGCGGCCAUUCAGACAGGUCGAACCGGAGGCAUUGGCAACGCGAUCAGUGCAUUUAACCAAAUGCAGUCGCCAGUCUCGGAAACUCCUCCUGCACGCAAGGAACCCAUCGUCAUUCCCAAGGCUCAGCCUGUUAAAGUAGAAGCAAAGGAGGAGCCAGCGCCAACUCCGGCUGUGGUUGCUCCUGCUCCUGUAGUUGCUCCCGCUCCUGAGCCAGAGGCAGCUCCAGUUGCCAAGAUUGCAGCUCCGCCACCGGAUGUGGUGCCCCAGAUAGAGGUGGAAACCGUGGCGACCCCUCCCAGAAGCGAGCCGAACUCGCCAGCCCAUGAGCCAACGCCUCAAGCCCAUGUCCAACCUGAACCACAACCUCAAGCCGAGCCUGAGCCAGUACCCGAAGAGGAGCCGCUGUACCAAAACCAGGCCGAGAUUAAGGCUGCCUCACCGUUGCCGCCCACGAAUGGAGCUGCUUCCGAGCCAGUCGCUACAAGUGGCGGAGCAACCGCGUCUGAGGAGGCAAUCUACGCGAACUCUGACAACUUGGCCGACUACCUGGAGGACACCGGCAUCCAUGCCAUUGCCCUGUACGAUUACCAGGCGGCGGACGACGACGAGAUAUCCUUCGACCCAGAUGACGUGAUCACCCACAUCGAGAAGAUCGACGACGGGUGGUGGCGGGGAUUGUGCAAGAACCGCUACGGGCUCUUCCCGGCCAACUAUGUGCAGGUUGUGGGACAGAACUCCUAAAUGCUUCCAAUUGAAAUUCGCGAUAGAACAAAAUCAAAUUGUAUUUACAUACUAACGAAAACGAUAAUACUGAUGUUGGAUUAUAAACCGAUUCGCUACUAACCUAACCCAUUUCGCAUGUUCCCUCCCCAUCCAUUGUUUCCCCUCUAAUUCCUCAAAAUUAUGUGCAACGAACGGCUAGAGAUUGAAAUUAUUAUUGUAAUUUGUUAUACUAGCAUUUGAACCUAUCGAGGUAUUCCAUAUUUUAUAUAUCAUUUAUUGCAUUUUACAUUCUUUGUAUUUAACACGUAUGUAUAUUUUUCAAAGAAAAUAUGCCAAGCUAUUUAUGUUUCACCCAAGCGAUUUGUGGGCCAAUUAACACAGUGCCCAUUUCAUAUUUUAUACGUUGGUUAUAAAGUUAAAUGUGUCAAGUAACGAUUUUGCUCUUUUUAAAUUGUAUAAAGUCUACGAGAGUUUCCUGCGUCAGGUUAUCUAAUGUUGAAGACAGUCACAACAAAAAGUCUGCUCUUUUGAUAAAUAAAUACAUAAUUAAUAAAGUUAA